AUGAGUACUUACACCGUGUACGAAAGCAACAGCGACUACUUUUCCUACGACGGCAUUUCUCACGAUCAACCAGUACUAGAACAUUUUGGCCGCAAGUUUACGAAGGAUACGAAAGACACAAGAUGGUCUACCCUGUGGAGUGACAUCGAUACUCUGAAUAACAAUGACGACGGAGAUGUCUACAAAGUUAUCUUCCUCGGACGACAUGCGUUAGCCACUAAUUCAAGCCUAACUGAAUGGGAUGACGACAAUGACACUGUCUGGGCUCAGGACAUUCCAUUAGUGGAUUCUCCGCUGACACAAGACGGAUAUCUCCAAGCCUUCAACGUACUGUCAAAAUGGCAGGAGGAGAAUAGUCUGGACGCUGGAAAGUGUAUCGGAAUCCCAGAUAUCUCUUACGUUAGCCCCAUGGCGAGGGCUCUCGUGACGAACAGCAUCACUUUCUCCCCGCAGCUUAACGCUAGUGGGGGACCGACUAUUCAGACAGUCGUUCACGAGAAUUGUCGGGAGCAAGUCUCUCGUAAGGGAGACGAAGUAGAACAUCGCAGAUCGAAGAGAUGCAUCAGCGAAAUGUUCCCGAAAUUUACCAUGGAGGACGGCUUUGCUGACGACGAUCCUCUUUGGGGUACGAAGGAGACAUCCGAUGAUGUUACCAAUCGAGCGACUGAUAUUCUGGACUCGAUAUUCGACGACGACAACGACGACAAGAACUUUGUAUCGAUCACCGGCCAUGGUGGGAUCAAUUCCUCUAUUUUGGGCAUCGUCGGAUUGGAUAACCUCAAAGCAAAAGUCCACCAUGGAGGCCGGACUCUUGUGUAUUAG